AUGUUAGUAGAAUUAAAGGCUUGCUUUAUGGAAGCUUACGAUGACAACCAGGAUGGAAAAAUCGACAUACGAGAGCUCGCUCAACUGUUGCCGAUGGAGGAGAACUUCCUUUUGCUUUUCCGAUUCGACAAUCCCUUGGAGUCGAGCGUCGAGUUUAUGAAAAUUUGGCGGGAAUACGACACAGACGGCAGCGGGUACAUCGAAGCGGACGAAUUGAAGAAUUUCCUUAGAGAUCUUCUCAAAGAAGCUAAGAAGAUUAAUGACGUUUCAGAGGACAAACUUAUAGAGUAUACGGACACUAUGCUCCAAGUAUUCGAUUCGAAUAAAGAUGGCCGUCUUCAGUUGUCUGAAAUGGCGAAAUUGCUCCCCGUUAAAGAGAAUUUCCUCUGCCGUCAAGUGUUCAAGGAUAACAACGGCUCCAUAGAAAACGAGGAACUGCGAGGCUUCCUAAAAGAUCUAUUGGAGCUUGUAAAGAAAGACUAUGACGCCCAGGAUCUCCUUGAAUUUGAGGAAACAAUACUCCAAGGCGUCGAAUAUAGCAGCGAGGGAAAAAUAAGCCGGAAACAGCUGACCAUGAUUCUUCUAGCACUCGCCAAGCACAACCAAGAAGAUGACGUCACACCCUGA